AUGACGACCACGAAUCUGGCCGAGUUGGGAAAGCCCACGGGCGAGUACCGCCAGUACCUCCCCGACUUGAGCCUCGAGCGCUUCCAAGUAAUGUGCACGCAGGACGCGCACGAGUAUGCGCACGCCUUUAAGACGAACAAGCAGCCACCAUGGCUGCACGGACUGUAUAUGCAUUGGUUGGACUUGCUGCAGGAGCCCUUUAAGGGCGUGACGACCGACGGCAAGGUUCGCCCCGAUCUGUUCACAUUACAGGAUGAGGACAUCCCGAUUCAGCAGAUCGUGGAUGCCACGCAGUCCAUGCUUGCAACACUGAACGACAAACAAAAGGAAGCCGUCAGCUACCACAUCGACGCGCCGGAAUGGCGCACAUGGUCGAACCCGGAGUUCCUGCUCGCCCACAAGGGUGUUCGGCUGGAUGAAGUCAACGAGCAAGUCCGCGACGCCGUGAUGAAUAUCCUGAAAGUCACACUCUCGCCGGAGGGCUACGACAAGGCCGUCGGUGCAAUGCGCAUCAACCACUUCCUGGGCGAGCUAGUCAAGACGCCGCGCGUGAUGAACGAGUUCUCCUACAACUUCGCGCUCUUCGGGCGCCCAUCCACUACCCGGCCGUGGGGCUGGUCCUUCUACGGCCACCACUUGUGUCUGAACGUCUUCCUCUAUAAAGGUCAGAUCAUCGCGUCGCCGUGGUUCACGGGUGCCGAGCCGAAUGAGAUCGAUUCCGGGCCCCACGCUGGCACCCGGAUCAUGCAGGUCGAGGAGACGCUGGGUCUGCAGCUGAUGCAGUCUUUGUCCGCCGAGCUGCAGUCCCGUGCGCGCGUCUUCGCCCAGAUGAAGGACCCGGCCAUGCCGCCCGGCCGCUGGAACAAGGACGACCAGCGCCACCUGUGCGGUGCGUACCGCGAUAACCGCGAAGUGCCGUACGAGGGCAUCUUGGCGUCGACGUUCAGUGCGGAGCAGAAGAAGCUCAUGUACGGCAUCCUGGAGCAGUACCUGCUCUAUCUGCCGGCGAAGUCGCGGGCGCUGAAGAUCGAGCAGGUGCGCCAGUUCGAGGCCGAGACGUACUUCUGCUGGAUUGGCGGGUAUGGCGAUGAGGAUCCGUUUUAUUACCGCAUUCAGAGCCCUGUUAUUCUGCUCGAGUUUGAUCAUCAUUCGGGCGUGUUCUUGAAUAAUGAGGAGCCGAAGAAGUUCCACAUCCAUACCCUGCUGCGCACCCCGAAUGCGGGCGAUUAUGGGCAUGCGUUGCGGGCACAGAUCCCUGCGAUCGAGGGGUUGAAUGGGAAAGAAAUUGUUUGGUAG